AUGGAUCAAGCAAAAAUCUCCACCACGGAAGUUGUUCAUGAUGUUUUUCCAUACCUUGUUGAGUACAAAGAUGGUAGAAUCGAGAGACUAGCUGGAACCAAUCAAAUCUCUCCAGGUUUCGACCCUAUAACUAAGGUGAACUCGAAAGAUGUUAUACUCAUACAAAAAAUUGGGCUCUCAGCAAGGCUCUACCUUCCAUCAAACGAAACGACUUCCAAUGAAAAAUUGCCGAUUGUCAUGUAUUUUCAUGGGGGAGCCUUUAUAAUAGCCUCCUCUGCGGAGCCACUAUAUCAUAACUUUUGUAAUAACCUUGCAAGGUCCGCCAAUGCCUUAGUUGUCUCUGUGGAUUAUAGGAGGGCUCCAGAGUUUCCCCUCCCCAUUGCCUUUGACGAUGGAUGGGCAGCCGUCCAAUGGGUGGCUGCCCAUGCUAGUGGGAACGGUCCUGAAAACUGGCUUAACAAACAAGUUGAUUUCAAUAAAGUAUUUUUAAUAGGAGAUAGUGCUGGGGCUACAAUGGCCCACCAUCUAGCCCCCGAAGUGGUUGAGCAUUUAAGUCCGUUUAAAAUAUGUGGAAUCAGCCUUAUCCAUCCUUAUUUUUGGAGCUCCAAACCAAUUGGAUUUGAGCGAUUUGAUCCGGUGAGAAGAGACUUGGUUAAUAAGUGGUGGGAAUACGUUUGCCCAUCGGAUAAAGGAAGUGAUGACCCACUUAUAAACCCAUUUGCUGAUGGAGCUCCAAGUUUUGAUCAAGUAAAGUGCGAAAAAAUGAUUGUUCUUGUAGCGGGGAAGGAUAUAUUGAGAGAUAGAGGGAGACUUUAUUAUGAAGCGAUGUUGAAGCAUAGAAAUGUCGAGUAUUUUGAGACACUUGGAGAAGAUCAUGUGUUUUAUUUAUUCAAUCAUCAAUCAGAAAAGGCUAAGGUGAUAAUGUCAAAAUUAGCUUCUUUCAUCAACAAUCAAGAGCGAUGCAAUUAG